GCAAAGGCCGACUAACCAACCAAAGCCACGGGCAGUAGCUACAAAUAUACCUUGACGCUUUACCCGAUGAAAUCAUGCUGGGCUUGCCGCCGUCGCCGCCUCGUGUGUGACGGGCGUGUACCUCACUGUGAGAAGUGUGAGAAAAAUGGAGUCGAGUGUCCCGGCUAUGACCAUAAGCCCUUGACAUGGGUAGGAGGUGUGGCCAGCAGAGGCCAGAUGCGAAACCGCACAUUUGGGGAAACUCCCCCAAAAUCGGGCCCCCAGAUGCCUCGAAGGUUGGCACCCAGAACCAGCCCAGCCGACGCCCCUAGUACUAUGACCCAGUGGGGCUAUCUUAUCACCGUUGCCCCAGUGCCAAUGCCUACCGACCCCAUCCUCCAUGGACUAAAGUAUGAAGAACGGUAUUUUGUCGAUUACUUCUCGAGUCGUAUCUGCCCGACACUAGUUCUGUUAGAUAGUACCAGGAACCCGUACCGAGCCAUGUUAUCCCUCCUGGGGUCAUCAGGAGCGGUACUCAAUGCAAUAAUGGCCGUUUCAAUCUGCCACUUCGCCCAUAGCACAACGGGAUACCCGAUCUUUUCAUCGCAGAAUACAACCGCUCUCUUGAACCCCGAGUUACUUAACCAUUUCAUCACACUAAAGCACAACGCACUAAGACAUCUCUCUCAAUCCAUCGCUAAUCUCCAGGACCAACGCGCCGAAUACCCCGUCCUAGCUGCAGUUAUCCUCCUCGUGUUCCUCGAGGCCUUUGAAAGCGGCGCCAAUUCCUGGACCAUCCACCUCGAGGGCGCGAAACGGAUAGUUGAAGUCGGGCGAAGAAAUGACAGAAGUACCCCCUCAACCACAUUAGCAGACCUAAUCAAUGAACUCGCCUUAUUCGACGCCCUCGGAUCAAGUCUCAUCCGUCCCGGCCUCCUACGCUCCCGUCUCCUGACGACGGAUGAAAUCGCAGAUUCAGACCUAACAACAAUAGGCUGUCCAACAGAGCUCCUGUACGCUAUUCACACCGUAGCAUCACAGCGCCACACUGGCGCUCAACCGGAUAUCCAACUCCUCCACAACACGCUCACCCAAAUCCGGCACUUCGAUGCGCAAAAGUGGACCGACAACGUAGUCGGCACUUCCCCAGAGCCAUCCUCGAUAUGUCCACGAGGCAUGGCCCAAGUCUGUAAUGUGUGGAAAACCGCAGCCGAGAUCUAUGUGUCUCGGAUAAUUUGUCAGAUCAUGAAAAUACCUGCGGCUCGAAACCCGCUGGUGGAUGAUUUGAUUGCGGGGAUUAGGUGGCUGGAGACGGAUGAUAGAUUGGUAAAGGGGCUCGUCUGGCCUGCGUUUAUUGCUGGGGCGGAAAGUAUUCUCCCUGAGCACCGGGAAUUGGUGCUCAGGAUUCUUGACAGGGUUUGGGGUAUUACGCUAAUCGCUACCGCUAGAUAUGCGGCGAUGGUUUUGAUGAAUCUUUGGCAGAAGCGGGAUGCGAUGAGGGAGCUUACAGGGCAAAGUGGUCUGGAGAAUUGGGACUGGAUAGAUGAGCUGUGUUCGCUGGAUCACCAUUGGCUCUUUCUAUAGAAAAUGAUAUCAGGGGCAUAUUAGCUGCAAGGAUCACGGAUAAAUAAAGAG